CACUUCCCGUGAUCUGAUUGGUUGAAUGGAAACAUGGAGCUCUCUCAAUUUGUGAAAUGUUCUCAAGUUUUUGUUGUUUUUUGUGCUAUUCUUGAAUUUAUAUCGGCCCAAAGAUUUGAUUAUGAUUAUGUUACAUGUGGAUCUGUACUAAAACUGUAUAACCCAUGGCACAGUAUACGUCUACAUUCCCAUGAUGUGAAAUAUGGCUCAGGGUCUGGACAGCAGUCUGUGACGGGAGUAGAAUCAGCAGAUGAUACAAACAGCUAUUGGACAGUAAGAGCUAAAAAUGGAGAAACUUGUGAAAGAGGAGUGGCUAUAAAAUGCGGCCAGACUAUAAGAUUGACUCAUCUUGCCACUAAAAGGAAUCUCCAUAGUCAUCAUUUCCAGUCCCCUUUAUCACAUAACCUGGAGGUUAGUGCCUUUGGGGAUGAUGGCACCGGUGAUGAUGGAGAUCAUUGGGUUAUUGUAUGCUCACAAAAACUAUGGCGUCGUGAUGAAAAAGUACGGCUGAAGCAUGUUGUCUCGAACAGCUAUUUACAUGUGAGUGGUGAAACAUAUGGUCGACCCAUAUAUGGUCAACGUGAAAUUAGCGCAUAUGGACAAGCCAAUGAGAAGAAUUACUGGAAAGUUUCUGAAGGAAUUUUCGUCAAACCAACAGAAAUCUCACCAGAUAACAGUCACAUACAUGAUGAAUUUUAGCACAAUUUUCUUAAUCAUUCAUUUAUUCGUUCAACCUUUUCAUAAAAUAUUUAAAAAAAGACACGAACUUAAUACUCUAUAUGCUUAACUUCUGGGGCCAACCCAAAAAGUUUUUGGAGUUUUGGUGGACAAAUGAAAGAUAUAAACGUUAUAACCUUAUAAACGGUAACCAUGGUAGUCC